CUUGCAUGCCAGAAACAAGCACCUUCCCUCCUGAUGUGCCUAAACCUGAUUUCAAGAUUAGCACCUCGAUCUGUAUCGGAAGUUGCCGACUGAAAGUUCUGUUUUCUUGCGCCGAACUCGCCCUUCCAGGUUCCCGACAAGCGGUUCGCAGCUUUGCAUUCUCGAAGCCCUUUAACAGUCCUCCUUUUCAGUCUCGAGGAUGAUAACCUUCAUACACAGACCAUUUGUCUACCUGGCCGAUAAACUCGGCGCAGGUCCCGAUGAGCUGAAACUCAUCUUUUCCCUCCUUCUCUCCUACCCGCUUGCCGGCGUCUUGAAACGUGUUCCCGACGCACGACCUGCAUACAAGAAUUUGUUUUCGUUGAGCAUCUCAAUCUUCAUCCUCGUCGGCUUGUUUGACCUCUGGGAUGGCCUCCGAACCAUGUUGAUUUCGGCGGGUGGCACCUACGCCAUCGCCAAGUUCCUGCGCGGCUCCCGCUACAUGCCCUGGGUCGGAUUCGUCUUCCUGAUGGGCCACAUGAGUAUAAACCAUAUUGCUCGUCAGGCUGCCAACAGCCCCCGGUCGGUGGAUAUCACGGGCGCGCAGAUGGUCCUGGUCAUGAAGCUGAGCGCUUUCUGCUGGAACGUAGCGGACGGUCUGCUCCCUGAAGCCGAGCUCUCCGACUUCCAGAAGGACCGGCGCUUGACGGAGCUUCCUGACCUACUUGACUAUGCUGGAUUCGUCUUCUUCUUCCCCAGCAUGCUGAUCGGGCCGGCAUUUGAUUUCGCCGAGUACCGUCGGUGGCUCGACACGAGCAUGUUCGAGGUCCCCGCAAACGUCGAUCCGGCCAAGAAGCCACCGACCAGGCGCAAGCGCAAAAUCCCACGCAGCGGCACACCAGCUAUGCUGAAGCUCGUAACAGGUCUAGCAUGGAUCUUUGCGUUCCUGAAGCUGUCCGCCUACUUCGAUCCCAGUGUCCUGGUUCAAGACAAAUUCCUCAGCUACAGCUUGCCCUACCGUGUGCUCAUCUUACACAUGGUCGGCUUCACCGCACGUACCAAGUACUAUGGCGUAUGGACAAUGUCCGAAGGCGCCUGCAUCCUCGCCGGGUUGGGAUAUAAUGGGGUAGAUCCUUUGACUGGUAAGGUCUCGUGGGAUCGCCUCAAAAACAUUGAUCCGUGGGGGGUCGAAUUCGCACAGAACACUAGGGGCUAUCUCGAGGCCUGGAACAUCAACACCAACAAGUGGCUGCGCAACUACGUCUAUCUGCGCGUGACUCCGCGGGGCAAGAAGCCCGGUUUCCGCGCCAGCUUGGCUACUUUCACCACUUCCGCCUUUUGGCACGGUUUCUAUCCAGGCUACUACCUCUCCUUUGUCCUGGCCUCCUUCAUCCAGACAGUUGCCAAGAACAUGCGCCGAAACUUCCGUCCCUUCUUCCUCGAUCCCAAGACCGGCGCCGACCUCCCUUCAAAGAAAUACUACGAUGUCGCCUCUUGGCUCACCACUCAACUCACAUUCUCUUUCGCCGUCGUGCCCUUCCUCAUCCUCUCCUUCUCUGACUCCUUGCUAGCCUGGUCGCGCUUGUAUUUUUAUGCCAUCAUCGGCACGGCGGGGCUGAUGGUCUUCUUUGCUUCGCCUGCCAAGACGACACUGAAGAAGAAGAUAGAACAGAGAAACGCCAAGGCCGGGGUCAGCGGGCCCGGAACUGUCAGCAACGGGGGCGAUGGAAAGCUCAGCAGAUCAACCAGCUCGGACAGCCUGGCUUCGCGGACUCCCGUCAUGGGCAUCACGCAGGAUCUGGGCAAGGAGUUUGAUGACGCUAUGAGCGAAAUUCGAAGUUCCGAGGCGCUGAAGCGGAAGUGAGGUGCGACCAACAGUCAGACACUGAGCGCCUUCUCUUCCAAACAAGCAUCAAGUGUUCCGACAUCCAUGGAACAGGCGGCCGAAAGUCGGCAAGCCGGGAAAAGUGUUCAAUUAUGUGCAGAUGAAGAAUGGGGUGUUCGAGGGAUCGGCGACGAUUCAGGGAAGUGUAUCAGCAAGCCCCCGUUGCUAAGAGCGCUUGCACGCGUCACCCUCGACGAGGUAUGGUUCAACGUCACUAAUAUUUUUCACAAGACGAGGACUCGAACUAUCUAAUAUUGUAUUUGAAUUACGUUGAGUUUUCCUCCCGUAAUCCAACACA